CUAAGUACAGGUACUGUAUGACGAAAUGGAGGCCCAUCAUCAACACCCAUCAACCAUCCAUUUCCUCCAUAUUAAUCACAUGACACUCCAACAACUCCAACUCACCUCCAUACAACCCCCCAAACCACCAAAAACCAACCAUCACCACCCAAAUGUCAGCCUCACAACCCCCUCCCCAAAACUCUUCAUCCUCCUCCCUCCCCCCUCACACCGCAAAUCCCCUCCUCACAUCAUUCACAUCCUUCCUCACCAUCGCCAUCCACUCCCUCCUCUACCACCGCACCCUCUACCCUUCAACAUCCUUCCUCGCAACCCGCGCAUACAACCUCCCCGUCCACCAAUCCCGUCACCCAGGUCUCUGCACCUGGAUCUCCGACGCCGUCGCCGCUAUCGCUGCGCAAUUGCGUGUUGGCUCUGUCCGCCGCAUCGUCCUCGCUAUUCACUCUCCUCCAGGAUCCUCUCCGCCCCCCAUUGUGCGCGAGAGAUGGGUGUUUGACGUGCAUCGUUUCCCAGCAUGGGGUAGUAGCGCUGAAACAGACGCGCCGACUUCUCACCAGGGGCCGCAAAAGCAGGAAAAUCUCGAUGAUCCCAUGCCGGAAGAUGCGGAUGACGGUGCUGCUUCCGAGAAGCUCAACUGGGCCGACAUCCACGAAGCCCUGCGAGCAACCUUGCAAAGACUCGCCUACGCAGCCCAAGCCGCGCCCAAACUCCCUCCAGGAUGCACAUUCACACUCGCUCUCGAACUGCGAGACGAAGCUGAAGCUCCCAUAGGUUAUCCCCAACCAUGGAUCCCUUCUGAAGGGCCUUUGCAGCCUCCCACCGCGGAGAAACCGGAUCAAGGUGAAUCGUUGAAAGGGGUAGCAACGAAACCCGUGAGAUCUGUGAGAGCGGAUCCCCUUUUCUUUGAGUGUUGGCUUGAACAAGGUCCUGAGGAUGCAGAGGGUGUGAGUUCCAGUAGUGGUAUUGUGACGAAUACAUCAUCAGAAAAAAUAUCACAAUGAAAAUGAGAACAUAAAAGAAGAGACAUCAAUAGAAACGGGAAAAAGAAAUAGAGUAAAAAUUAAUGUAACGCGUCUGCUUCGUC